AUGAAUUCUAGAACUUCUAGCUUGUCUUCUAUUUCUGAUCUCUUUCGACCCAAUAAUCCUAAAGGAUUAAGGUCUAGGGAUUUGAGUUCUACCCGUUUGAGUGCUUUGAAAAAGGAAAUUAAUACUGACACGCAUUUAAUACCACUGAAGGAUCUAUACACGUUGUUGGGCACUGACCCUGUCAAUGGGCUAUCGAGUCAAAAAGCACAAGAACUCUUGGACUAUUAUGGCCUUAAUACACUGACACCACCAACUCACUAUACAGUGCCAAAGUUACUGCUAAAAUCAUUGUGUACAGGAUUUUCAAUUUUAAUAUGGCUUGGAGCGAUACUUUGCUUAUCGGCAUAUCUAAUAGAAUUGUCAACAAAACCAGAUCCGAGCACCGACAAUCUUUACUUAGGAUGUGUGCUAAUUGCGGUGGAUUUAAUUUGUGGCAUUUUUAGCUUUUUUCAAAAUUAUAAGAGCUCUAAGAUAAUGAAAACAUUUAAUAGUAUGAUACCCAUGCAUACGACUUGCUUACGCGACGGAAUUUUGAAUAGAAAUACCGAAGUUCGAGACUUGGUCAAAGGUGACAUAAUUUAUGUGGAAAUUGGUGAUGUUAUACCGGCGGAUAUACGAAUAAUUGAAAGCAGAGGAUUUAAAGUUGAUAAUUCUUCACUGACUGGCGAAUGUAUAGCGGUCCCGCGACAUAAUACUGAUGGAUCAGCAAAUAUUUUGGAAUCGCCUAAUGUUGCUUUUUUUUCUUCACUGUGUGUCGAAGGUUGGGCUAAAGGAGUCGUUUUAUUUUGUGGAGACUUGACAGCUCUAGGAAGGGUUGCCGGAUUAGCGGCUCGUCUGCAACCCGCACCCUCGCCACUGUCUCGAGAAAUCAGACGUUUCAUGCGCUGCAUGUCAACUUGUGCACUUGCAUUGGGCAUCUUUAUAGCUAGUGCUAGCAUGAUUCUUGGCUAUCCCUUUAUGCAAACAAGCAUUUUCGUCAUCGGUAUCGUUGUUGCUAACAUUCCAGAAGGGUUACAGCCAACAAUAACAGCGUCCUUAACUUUAACAGCGAAACGAAUGGUAACAAGAAAUUGUCUUGUAAAAAAUUUAGAGGCAAUUGAAGCUCUGGGUGCCUGCACCACUAUAUGUUCUGAUAAAACUGGUACUUUGACUGAGAAUAAAAUGUGUGUUCGUCAUAUUUGGACAUGGAAUAAAACAUACUCUAUUUUAGAUAAGGAAUUUGAAAACUUUUUACAAAAUGAUCAAGCUUUAAAUUCUUUAAAAAUAUGCGGAGCUUUAUGCAGCAAUGCAACAGUUGUCAAAAGUGGGGUCAUACGAGGUGAUGCAUCAGAAAAAGCUAUAUUGAAUUUUUUAUUUAAUUAUUGCGAUCCGGUAACUAUUAGAAAAAGAUAUCCUAAAAUUGUUGAAAUUCCUUUCAACUCUGUUAAUAAGUACCAAAUCAGCAUUCAUCUGAAUGAAGAAAAAAAAACGUAUCUUCUCGUUAUGAAAGGUGCUCCGGAAUGCAUACUCUCUCGUUGUGUAACAAUUGCUUUUAAUAACAAAUCUAUAAGCAUGACAGAGGAUAUUAAACAAGCUGUAAAUACAACUACUGAAAAUUUAGCCAACACUGGUGAAAGAAUAUUAGCAUUUGCGGAUUGUGACUUGGAUUCAAAUGAAUAUCCUUUAAAUUAUCCAUUCGAUACAGAAAAUCCAAACUUUCCCGUUGACGAGCUUCGUUUUCUUGGUCUUAUUGGGCUUAAGGAUCCACCAAGGGAACAGGUUCGUUCAGCAAUUGAGCGUGUCCGAGCAGCAGGGGUACGUGUAAUGAUGGUCACUGGUGACCACCCUGCGACUGCACGCGCUGUGGCUAUAGAAGUAGGCAUCGCCACCACACCAAGUUGCCACAUCGUAACUGGCACUGAACUUAGAAAUAUGUCGCCAGAUUUACUGUAUUUAACGCUAGCAAAGCAUUAUGAAAUAGUGUUCGCACGUACAUCACCUACCCAAAAAUUACAAAUCGUCGAAGCAUGUCAGAAGCAAGGCGGCGUGGUGGCAGUCACGGGGGACGGCGUAAAUGAUGCACCUGCAUUAAGACGAGCGGACAUUGGCAUUUCUAUGGGAAUUGCUGGCUCUCAAGUAUCUAAACAAACUGCAGAUAUAAUAUUGAUGGAUGACAACUUUGCCACUAUUGUAACAGGCAUAGAGGAAGGUCGCAAAAUAUUUGAUAAUUUAAAAAAGUCUGUGUGCUACAUACUAAUAUCAAAUGUACCGGAAAUUUUACCAGUUCUUAUGUUUAUUCUAUUUUCGAUACCUCUUCCACUAGGGGUAAUGACAAUAUUAUGUGUGGAUUUGGGUACGGAUAUGUGGCCGGCAGUAUCUCUUUCACACGAGCAAGCUGAACAAGACGUAAUGGCACGACCUCCUCGCACUUCGGACCCACUCGUUUCGAACCGCAUGAUACGACUUGUUUACUUACACCUGGGCCUGAUUGAGUUCGCAGCGGGCAUGUUUGCGUACUUCAUUGUAAUGGCGGAACAUGGAUUUUAUCCAUCUCAAUUAUUUGGUAUCAGACAAAAAUGGGACAACGUAGCCGUAACCGAUGUAGAAGACUCUCUGGGUCAGGAAUGGACCUACGCCGAACGCAAGGAGCUUGAACGCGCAUGUCAGGCCACCUACUUCGUGGCAGUGGUCGUAACACAAAUGAUGAAUUGCAUUAUUUGUAAAACAAGAUAUAAUUCCAUAUUCCAUGUCGGUAUGAAAAAUAAUGUUUUGAAUAUAGGGUUGAUAUUCGAACUUAUACUCGCUUGUAUGGUGUGUUACAUUCCAGGUGUUAACACAUUUUUCAAAACGUACCCCCUUCGCUUAAGAUGGUGGUUCUUGGCCUUGCCGUUUGCAGCUCUGAUGUUUAUAUUUGACGAGUUUAGAAAACAUUGUAUCAGAAAUCAUAUGUUUGGUGGAUGGUUUAACAAAUUUACGUUUUACUGA